AUGGAAGAGGGACUUCCAGAAGGUGUUACAGAUGCAAAUCAGUGGUACACCUUGGUAGUUAGCUGGUUUUCCGAGGAAAACAAGUCCUGGGAAUAUUCAAUGCUCACAAGAAGUGCAGUAAACCGUGCUAAUGCAAAGAAGAAGAGUGUUUUUCACACAGGAGGAAGAAGGAGCAUUGCAAGGACGAGAAAGCGACUUAAGGAAAAAUUAGGCAGAACUCCAACUAGACUUGAAUUUUUCGAAGCUAACCAUAAGAGAAAGGAUGGGACAUACAUCAAUGAUCAUGCUAAGGAGUUCAUGAUAAAGCAAAUGAAAUUGAGGGAUCUAGUGAGGAGAUGCUGA